AUGAUCCUCUUUGAAGGUUCUUUGGCAUCGUCCCCUGACCCUGAUGUUGUUCGUGAAGCGCUGAAUUUCCUGCUAUCGUUUGAGGUAAGGAAUCAGGAUUGCAUAUUUGUGCUCCACGGAGUGACUGCAGCAGCGCAUGAGGUGGCAUGGACAUGGUUGAAGGAAAACUGGGACUACAUAGCAGAGACCUUCACUGGACACCUGCUCACCUAUUUCAUCGCCGUCACUGUCUCACCGCUCGCCACAGACGAGAAGGGUGACGAGGCAGAGGAGUUCUUCAAGAGCAGGACCAAGGCGAGCAUCGCGAGGAUGGUGAAGCAGAGCAUCGAGAGGGUGAGGAUCAAGGCCAAGUGGGUCAAGAGUACCAAGUGA